AAUCCUUUUGGCUAUUUUCUAAGUAACAGCAUGCCUAAGGUUAAGAAGCAUCGUAAUUCUCAACGGCGGAGAGAAGAAGAACAGGGAAAGCUUUCUUCUCUGUCCCUCGCUGAACUCCUUAGCUAUCGUUCUAAACAACACGAACAAGAGGCUAUGAAGAGGAGAAACUGCCUUUACUGGUCUCAGCUUCCUCCUGAUCUGAUUCACUCCAUUAUCAAACGACUCAACCUCCGCGAUUUGCAACGAGCUAAACACGUUUGUUCGUCUUGGCUCUCUGCUUCCAGAUUUUGCUUUCCAAAAUCCCAAGUCCCAUGGUUAAUUAUAUUCCCUAAUAAUGACGACAUGAACAUGAAUCGCUUAUGCUGUAAGUUGUUCAACCCCGAGGAAAAAGACAAGUUGUACAACACAAGUCAAGAUCUAGGCGUCGGUGGAGUUUGUGUUGCCACGUAUGGAUGCUGGCUCCUCAUGCGAAACCCUCUCUUUAAUCUCUAUAUCGUUAACCUGCUAACAGGCCAGAGGAUAGAUCUACCGCCAGUGGAAUCACAACUUGGUAAGACAAAACUCGAGCGCAUAGUAGAUGAUAAGUUCCACGCUACGCGGCUGAUAGGUUCUCAGUAUUACCAAGCUGAUUCUACUGGCUUCGAAAUCAAUUCCCCUCGGCUAUGGAUAGACGAGGAAGCAAAAGACUAUCUAGUUAUAUUCACUUUCAGGAUAUUCAUGUGGUCGUUUCACACACAGUAUGCCCUUAUCUGCAAGAAAGGAGACGAUCCCUUGUGGAGAGAGUUUCCCGACGGCUCUCCCUGUUCUGAUAUGGUAUACAAGCACCAGAAGCUUUACGUUUAUCGCUAUGGUGCUAUCAAAAUAUUUGAUUUCUCUCGAGACCUUCCCAUAAAAGCUACUGAGAUUGAUGAUCAUGUCUACGUUGCUUUAUUCUCCUUUAACGAUUAUCGUAGUGAGCCUUUCCUAGGACUUUGCGUUGUUAAGAAGACUAACAUUGUGGUCACAGUAAGUGACCAUGUCCUGAUGGUCGUGAGCCUAAUGACAUGCGGCAAAACCUGGUCAUUCCGCAUAUACGAGAUGUGUUCACGGACGAACAAAUGGGAGAGGCUUGAUUCUUUGGGUGGUGAGGCAAUACUUUUGGAUAUGGGUGUCACUGUGCCUGCCAAAGAUGUUGAGGGAAUCAAUAACAAUUCCAUCUAUUUUAGCGGUCUUGGUGAGGAUGAGAAGGAUGAUAUAUUAAUUUUUGAUAUCAAGACAGAGAAGAUUGAACGACCGCACCAGUCUGUUUCUUCGUCGCUGCAAUACUCUCGUGCGCGAUGGUUCUUGCCGGGUUUCACCCACAAGUGUUGAUCAUUAUUUUGUGUUGUGUUACUACUUAAGAGGUUGGUAGGAGAAUUUUGUUUAGAUGUCUUUAUUAGACAAAGAAGAAAGGAUUAUUCUAGAUAUGGCUCUAAAACUAGUCAAGUUGGUGGAAAAGAAACUGAAACUCCUUAGAGAUGAUUUUUCUACCCAUCGACACAAAAUACCAGAGUAUAUCUUCCUCUUCACCUCCAAGUUACUGCAGUUUAUGUAGCUUUAGAUGUUUU